AUGGGGGUUGUGACGGCUGCCACGUUGGCUGUAAAGGGUGCCACGAUUCUUUUAGGCAAAGUAGCCAUAAUCCCUAUUUUGAUAGCGACUCUAGCCUACUUCAAUUAUGAUCUGAUGGAUCCUGAGAAGCAACCGAAAGUUACACUUGACCUGAGGAAAGAGUACGAUUUUGUGGUGGUUGGGGGUGGAUCGGCCGGAAGCGUGAUCGUGAACAGACUUACGGAGAAUCCGGAAUGGAACGUAUUGUUGUUGGAGGCUGGAGGCCACGAGACAGAGAUAACCGACGUACCGAUAUUGUCCCUUUAUUUGCAUAAGAGCAAAGUAGACUGGAAAUAUAGGACUCAACCACAGAAUUCAGCCUGUCAGGCGAUGGUCGAUCGACGAUGCUGCUGGACCAGAGGAAAGGUCCUUGGAGGUUCGAGUGUGCUCAAUACGAUGCUCUACAUUCGUGGAAAUCGCCGUGAUUUCGACCAAUGGGAGAGUUUUGGGAAUCCCGGUUGGGGAUAUAAGGAUGUCUUGCCCUACUUUAAAAAAUCUGAGGACCAACGGAACCCGUACUUAGCUCGUAACAAAUAUCAUAGUACAGGAGGGUACCUGACGAUUCAAGAUGCGCCGUACAACACGCCCCUAGGGGUAGCGUUUCUGCAAGCAGGCGAGGAAAUGGGUUACGAUCUGGUGGACGUGAACGGCGAGCAGCAAACCGGCUUCGCGUUUUAUCAAUACACAAUGAGAAGAGGAGCGAGGUGCAGCGCCGCAAAGGCGUUCGUAAGACCCAUUCAAUUAAGAAAGAACUUCCAUUUGUCUUUGUGGAGUCACGUAACCCGGGUUCUGGUGGAUCCGCGAACGAAAAAGGCACACGGAGUGGAAUUCAUCAGAAACGGGCGCAAAGAAGUGGUCUACGCGAGGAAAGAGGUGAUCCUUUCAGCCGGCGCUAUAAACACGCCCCAGUUGAUGAUGCUCUCGGGCAUCGGGCCUCGACAACACCUCGAGGAACUGGGUAUUCCGGUGAUACACGACUCGCCCGGGGUCGGACAGAACCUGCAAGACCACAUAGCGGUGGGUGGCCUCGCUUUUCUGAUCGACUACGAGAUCAGCGUGGUGAUGAACCGUCUGGUGAACAUCAACUCGGCUCUGCGUUACGCCGUCACCGAGGACGGACCUCUGACCUCUAACGUCGGUUUAGAGGCUGUUGGGUUCAUCUCCACCAAGUACGCGAACCAGUCGGACGACUGGCCGGACAUAGAGUUCAUGCUGACAUCCUCGUCGACCAAUUCGGACGGAGGCACGCACGUGAAGAACGCUCACGGGCUGACCGACGAGUUCUACAACGAGGUGUUCGGGAAAAUCAACAACCGAGACGUGUUCGGGGUAUUCCCCAUGAUGCUCAGGCCCAAGUCACGCGGGUUCAUAAAGCUCAGAUCGAAGAAUCCCUUGGACUAUCCGUUGAUGUAUCACAAUUACCUGACUCAUCCGGACGACGUUGGGGUGUUGCGCGAGGGCGUCAAGGCGGCCAUUGCUUUUGGGGAGACUAGCAGCAUGAAAAGGUUUGGAGCUAGAUUCCAUAGCAAACCACUGCCCAAUUGUAAACACAUACCGAUGUUCACCGACGAGUAUUGGAACUGUGCUGUUCGACAGUACACCAUGACGAUUUAUCAUAUGAGUUGCACCGCGAAAAUGGGCCCGUCGAGCGAUCCAAUGGCCGUGGUGGAUCCGGAAUUGAGGGUCUACGGGGUUGACGGAUUGAGGGUGAUCGACGCGUCCAUCAUGCCCACCAUCACGAAUGGAAAUAUAAAUGCCCCCGUGAUCAUGAUCGGAGAGAAAGGAGCGGAUAUGAUUAAGAAACAGUGGUUGUCGCGUCGGAAGAGGGACAACGUUACGAUCGCCGGCUCUUGAAACGUCGAAUUCUUGCCGAGAAAUCGGUCAUGUUCGAGUCGAACGAGCCGCCGUUCGUUGUUUUCUAAACGAUAAGUCCGGCGACGGAAUAACUUGGCUGGGAGCAGACUCAAUGGAAGGAGGACUUUAGCCCCGAGGACUGCCGUUGAUGUAUUCAUGACUGUCAAAGUGUUAUGUGUUACGUGUUUACGACGAAAAAAACCGUUUUAGUUCCUAAUGAUGUCGUUAGAAAAACACCUGACAAGUUUUUAUUUUGCCUAUGAGUGUUGUUUGCACGUGGAAUUGUUCUUGUUCUCUUGUAAGGAUCGAUGUUAAUUUAUACCGACGGUCUUGCGAAUCGAUCGUGAACUAAUUCAUCAUUCGUUUUUAUGAAAAGACAUAGACGAACACGAAUAACGAAAUGUAAUUCUGGAAAGUUUUUUGCCUUUAAUAAGUUCACUGAGUCUGUAGACGAGGGAGAAAGAUGGAGAUAAAGCACGUAACCACUUCGACGAACUUGUUCUGAACUCUUAGAAUUUAUAUGUUACCACAUAAUCGAUACGCAUUGCUACACACCUGUUUCAACUGUCCCAUAUUCUGACCAACAAGAAAGCAAGAACGAAGGUAGUUUGGUCGCCCUUUACAUAGGGUGUGAUGUGAUUACUAAUAAAGUAAAUACAUUGUUAUCGAUUGCGUCCCAUGUUCGACCAUUUAUUUUUAAUUCCUAUCGAACGUGCCAAAUAAAUAAAAAUAACGAGCGGAGUUGUUAGAAAUCAAAAUUUAGAAAAUCGUACCUGCUGAUUAAUUUAUCAAAUUCUGCUCUUACAUUUUAACGCAUAAAGUUUAUUAGACUGCAACGUCACGUAUUAAAAUUAAUCAAAAUUAUACUAGAAUUACAGUCUGUACAUAUUGUAGUUUCGAUUUUUAUGAAAACAUAGACUUAUAUUAAUUUUGUAAAUAAUUAUAUUGGUUAUUUAGAUGCACUAAUUAUUAUCACGAUCAACAAUCGUCGAAUUGAUUUUGAAUGAAUUAUAUUUCACUAUCGAUUCUGUGUAUAGAAAUGUGAACAAUUUAAAAUAUGCCAAGUUACUCAGUCAAUAAGUUAGUUUUAGUAGCAUUUCUUUAAAGCGUCCAAUGUGAUUAUCACGACAAACGGUCAGUAUAUAGCCAUAUUAGUAUGUCGUAAAAGUGGUUUUACUUUACGCAGGGAAUAAUUCUCGAUUACGCUACCAUUACUCAAUACUGGUGCGAACAAUGUGUCUACGCUUUCUCAGGACGAACAGACUGCUUUUAAUUCUGUUUCGAGCUCGCAAAUUUUCCGAUUGUCGCACAAAAUUGCGAGUGUGGCUACCUAGGAAGCAAUAAACUUGUUCGAAAGUCUUUCUCGUAGACCAUUGAAAAGGGAACAUUUUGUAAUUUAUUUUACCGAAAAUGUAUAAGUAAAGUGCACGGAAGAAUCAAAUGGAAAUUUAUUUGAGAUA